AUGGGUGUGACAUACCGCCGCAAAUCAGGGGUUCCUAAUCCCCGGAAAACAAUAGCCAACAAAACCCGAGAUAUGCCAUUUCCAAGUGCAAAUAUAGCUGCUACACCAAACCUUCCUUUAGCAAACACUGUCUUUGAAUUAAUACGAAAUACAAAUGCUCUCAGCUCUGCAAACUCACAUGGACUUUCAGCUCCUGGAGCCAUCGUGACUCCGAGCCCAAUGAUGGACGUAACCCGCAUUCAACCAACGAAGGUUUCUCUUCCCCAAAAACCCCCAACUCACACCCGGAAGAAGGAUCGAAGUGAUGCCUUCCGGGAAUGUGUCAUCUGCGCUGAAUUGAAACCCUUGGGAUGGAAAGGGGCGAAUUUCCCCUCUUUCCCCCGAUGCGCACAUGGUCCACAGACAUGCUCAGAUUGCGUGUCAAAGCACAUCAUCAUAACGUUGAAAACACGGGCCCCCAUUAACCACAACCAGGUAGCAAGCAAAGGAGUAAUUGACUGGUCCAUAUGUACCUGUCCACAGUGCAACAUGACCCUUACAGAGUCUGAGAUACGAUCGGCCCUGAGCCGCUCGGAAAAUGCGGUCAUUACUGGAAUCGUUUCUCGCAAGGAACUCGAAUCCCACCCACGCUGGGCUUCGUGUCUGUCCAUUACCUGCUCGUCGGGCCAAAUAUUUCCGGAAGGCGCGCAGUCUGAGAAAGUGGUAUGCAUCAAAUGUGGAGCUAGUAGCUGCUUCCUACAUGGCAUCCCGUGGCACACCAAAUAUACCUGUGGCCAGUAUGACGAUAGCCAUCCGAACGCCCAGAGCGUGCGAAGUAGCGAGGAUCGCAUCAAAAGAAUGACUAAAAAGUGCCCGAAUCCAGGAUGUGGCUGGCGAAUUCAGAAAAGUGGAGGAUGCCCAAAUAUGUUAUGCAUUAAAUGUUCCCGACCAUUUCGCUGGGACGAGGCCAAAUGGGAUGAGAAUGUCGUUCCAGAACCAGAGUGA